UUCUAUAAAUACCAACCUUUUGUCUCUCCUUCUCAUUUUCAGUUCGCAAUCUCAUUCAUUAUCUCUCCUCUACCUUUCAGAGAAAGAACAAGAAUUCAAGAAAACAAGUUUGUAUUGUAUUUACAAGAGUGAAAACAAGAGAAUCAAGAAUUCAAGAUCCCUUCGGUUUCGUUCGAGAGAAAGCUAGCUGUAGCACUUGAUCUUCGAGCAGGUUCUUGAUCAUCUAAAUAUAUAUAUUUAGCAAUGGUGAAGAGUGAGCAGAAGAUCCAAUCAGAAACAUCAGCAAAGCCAAUGGCAACAUCUCCUUCAUCUUCAGCAUCGACAAAAAAGAAAUACAAAGGAGUGAGAAUGAGAAGCUGGGGUUCUUGGGUAUCAGAAAUAAGAGCACCAAAUCAGAAAACGAGAAUUUGGUUAGGCUCUUAUUCUACUGCUGAAGCUGCAGCUAGAGCAUAUGAUGCUGCACUUUUAUGUCUUAAAGGCUCUUCAGCUAACCUUAACUUUCCUAUCACUUCCUCUCAUUACAUUCCUGACACCGUUAUGUCACCUAAAUCUAUUCAAAGAAUUGCUGCUGCUGCCGCUAAUAGUUUUACAGACAAUGCAACCGCAACUGCCACCACCGCCACCACACCAGUAUCAUCGCCACCUCAGCCUUCUUCCUUACAAUCCCCAUCAUCAUCAUCAUCAUCAUCCAUAUCAUCCCCAUCAUCGUGUGAUCAACUAGAUGUAUAUGAUGAUGUGUCGCUAAUGCAGUCUUUUGGGACAUAUAGUCAUGAUGAGUAUUCAUGGUAUAACUUUGACGAUCAACUUUCGUCACCCAAGUUUCUUGAUCAAAUGUUCAUCAAUAAUGGGGCUGCUUCGUCGUUCAAUCCUCCACCGAUGAUGAUCGAUGAUUUUUUCGAAGACGAUUUUCGUCUGUGGAGCUUUGCAGAAUAGUUCAUUUCCUCAAAAUCCAGGAUUUCUCCAUUCUUUUUGUCCAUUAAUUCAUAAUAAUCAUUAUUGAUUCUUGAUCGAUUGAUGAUCUUCUGUUAAAUUGUUGCUUGAAGACAUUACUGACAAGUUACCCACAAGUUCAUAUAUGUUUAGUGUAUUGAUUUAGGACAAGAUCACUAGGCUCACAUGGGAAAGAAAACAUUUUUUUGGACUUUCCUCAUGUGGGAUUUCUUUAUAUUCAAUUUAUAUAAUGUACUAUCAAAUUAUUCAAAAAGUGUGUUAUAUUGUAAUUGCAAUAAAAAUUAAAAAUUAUUUAGAUAUUAUUUAUUUAUCUAUUUUUUUAUACAUCUUAAUCUAACAGCGGUCUGACAA